CCAUGAAAGUUUUGUUAAUAAAAAAAAAGAUAAAAAAUGCUAGCGCUGGCUGGCAACUUUUAUAAAAUCACUGACAGGGAAAGAGUUAAAGCAACAGUUGCAGGUUUUACAGUGUGCUCUGAUGAAACAACGAACAUUUCUUCUUCUUUGCUUUCAUGUGCAAAACGUUUUGGGUUUUCAUAUUCUCAGAUUUAUUUAAAGAUAAUUAUGAAGUAAUCAGAUGUUAUCUGCAUGCAAUAAAAAGCAGUUGCAGCAGUCUGGUCUCGUGAGACUGUGGUUAUAUUCAAAUGAUCUGCUCAUACAAAUAUACCCACACGCACAGAAACUAAACUACAGACCACCACAUGCCUUCAUUCCCACUCGAGGUAUUUGUCGGGGACUGAGCGAUGGCACAACGCUGUGGAGAGGGCCAGUACAUGGACAGGCUGGUGCUAAAGUGUGUGUCCUGCAGCCUGGUCUGUCAUAACUCUAUGAUUCAGCCACGCUGCUCUGAGUACUGCGUGGCCUGGAAAUGUAAAGCCGUGUCUGGUCAGUUCUACGACCGACUGCUGAAGAAGUGUCUGAAGUGCUCUGUGUUGUGUGGCAGUCACCCCUCGGCGUGCUCAGAUGCAUGCAAGAGCGCAGAUGCAGUGGCUGUGACGCAGAGGCCUCUUGGCGUGUCUGCAGUGCCACUGAUCACCAGCAGAGGGCGCGCAGUGCCCAGAUCCACGCUGUACUCGGAGGCGCUGCUGUACUCUCUGUUGGGUCUGUGCAUCAUAGUGCUCAUGUUCACACUGACCACUGCAAUCCUGCUGCUGCUCAAGAGAGCCAAACACCAGCAGCAGCAGCUGGACACCAAGAAACAGCAGCCCAAAAGACAGGGACAAUCAUCUAAAGAUUCUCUGGUGACUCGUGCAGAUGAUGUGUCUCAGGAAGGCAGCUUGAAUCAGGACAGGCCGAAGGCGACAGAAACCUGUGUCUAUUGCUUCUCUGACCACACGGCGGCGCCACACGCGCUCUCUCAGCAGUCUGGAGCUCAGCAGGCCUCAUGCGCCGCAGACCCGCACAACAACGGCCUGCUGCAUCAUCCGGUUCAUACACACCCCGACAAGAGCAGGCCGUUCAGGAUUAUAUGUUCACCUACUCAAACAAGCAUGUGAAUACUAAUGCCAGUGCUGAGGAAUAGAAUGUAUAAACGAGUGCAUUUGCACACCUGUAAUUCCUCAAGAAUUCCUAUGGAAAAUCAAUGUCAUUUUAGUUUUAAUAAAUGCUAUAUUUAUUAGAGCACAUCACUUUUUUUUAUUCACCUUGAUCUUGAAGGUAGCUUUUCCAUUCAUUUUCUCCAUAGGCAUGUCCUGAACCAUGAACCAAUGCAAACGAAUAACUCAUAAAUGGUAAUUUCUGAUAAAAAAAUUACAUACUUGAAUCAGCAAUGACAACACAUGAUCUCCCUCUCUGCUGCUUCACUAUCCUGUCAAAUAAAGCCACUAAAUACAAUUA